GCGGAGUAAAAACUACAGUGACAUUAUUGAAAAGAAAAAGAGGAGAGUACAAUAAUAAUAAAAUUAUUAAACAAAAACAAAAAGAAAGACAGUACAAGAGAGAGAAAUCGGUGAAGGCUACUUUACUGCUUUUUUAGGUUGCACGCAUCCUUCCAUGGCAGACCUUCGAAGCCAAAAACAGAUUACUUCAAGCACCGAAGAAAUUUAAUUUCUUACAGCAAAACCAGGAACCGAAGAAACCCAACAAUUCUAUAUAACUCCUCUUCAUCCCUGACUCCAGCCUCUUCUAAUCUCGAAGAAGCUUAGAGAAAAGCUAAGAAGUACCAAAAAGCUCUCAUUUUUGUGCAGAAUGGAGGUUCUUCUCCAUUCUUGAUGCAAUCGAAGAACUUGGGUUUCAGGAUCAUUCAGCAAUUUUCCUUCUUGGGAGGUGAAUCUGGGAAAUUUAAGGGCUUUAUAUGAAGAGGAUGCCCUUUCCCUUUGAAUUUGAAAGCCAGGAGGAGGGGGCCGUUCAGGAAUUUCAUACCAGCGAUUAUAAUUCUGGAAAAGACUGUCUUUUGUCAGCAGAAGAUUGUUGGAAUAAGGGAAAAUAUUGUUUUGUUGGAAGUAGUGAGCCCUCCUCUGUUCUGGAUAGGUCUCUUGCUUCAUCUUCAACGCUGUCUUCUUCUCUGGGCAGCGGCGGCGGCGGGGGCGGCGGAGGCGGCGGGGCUAGCUCGUCGGACACGGCCAGGGUGGCGGCGGUUUCUGGUAACCCGGGUUCAAGGUGGAAGCAGGACAACACCACUGCCACCAGUUCUAAUGCAGGGGGAGGGGAAUCUGAAUCUGAGCUGUUCAAAACUGUUCCGCCGUGUCUUGGGUUCGGUGCCGGCCGAGACUCCGCCGCAGUGACGGCGGAGAAAUGUGGAAUGGACGAGUGGGAGUUUUCUGGCUCAGUUGCGGCCUCCCCUGAUGAGGAGCCUUUGCUCCGUUGGAUCAUGGGGGAUGUGGAUGGGCCGUCAAUGGCUAGCCUGAACAAGGUUUUGCAGGCUUCCGGUCCGGCGGAGUACGGCUUUAACGCCGGGUAUCCGGCCAUGGAUCAAGCGUUUGGCUCACACCCGGUGAGUUCCGGCGAUGGCUUCAUCCCAGCCAUCACCUCUUCUAUGCCCGGAUCAGGUUUCCCGGUGAGCAGGCCCCCCAACCCGCCGGAAAACCCGCAAGUACCCUUUUUCCCUUCUGGAUUUGACCCGGAUCUGUUGAUGAACCUCCAACAAACGCAGCAAACGCAAAACCAUUCAGUCUUCCUGCCAUUGCCGUACGCCCGGCAUGAACAGAGCCACCUCGUACCGCCGCCGGCGAAGAGGCAGAACCGAGGAGCUCAAGAACCCGGCGGAUCUCCGUUCCAGGGAUCUCUGUUUGACAUUGCGCCGCCGCAACCUCAUCAGUUGCAAUUGCCCCCCAAUUAUCUCUCUGGAGAAGAAACUGGACAGUCGCAGUCGAAUUAUCAACAACAAGCCAUAAUCGACGAGCUAUUCACGGCGGCGGAGCUUGUCCAGUCCGGCAGACCGAAUCUCGCGCAAGCGAUAUUGGCGCGGCUCAAUCACUACCUCUCCCCCACCGGUAACCCUUUUCUCCGAGCAGCUUUCUAUUGUAAACAGUCUCUCGAAUCAAUCCUCGAAUCUUCUUCUUCAUCAUCCCCUGUACCACAGUUCAGCGUUAUUUACAAGCUCGCCGCUUACAAGUCAUUCUCCGAGAUCUCUCCGAUCACAUACUUUACCAAUUUCACUUGCAAUCAAGCUCUUCUAGAAGCUUUGGAAGGGUUCGACAGGAUCCGAAUCAUCGAUUUCGAUAUCGGGUGUGGCGGGCAUUGGGCUUCUCUGAUGCACGAGCUUUCCGUGAGGAGCUCCGGCGUAGCCACACUCAAAAUUACUGUCUUAGCCUCGCCGGAAAAGGAUGAUCACGAGCAGCUUCGUCUCACUGGGGAAACCUUAAUCGAGUCGGCCAGUGAAUUCAAUAUCCCAUUCGAGUUCGAAAUUGUGACCGUUGAUUCCUUGAAUGAUCUUCUUGACAGCGUCUCUGAGGACGGUAAUGGCGAAGCCAUCGCCGUCAAUCUCCCGAUCAGCUGUUUCGGGGCGCAUCAACUCUCGCACGCUUCUGUUCUCGGGUUCGUGAAGAAGUUAUACCCCAAGAUUGUGGUUUCCAUUGACAGACCUUGCGACCGGACGGACAUGCUGUUUCCUAACCAAGUGAUCAAUGCCGUUCAGUACUUCUCGAACCUCCUAGAAUCGCUUGACGCCGUGAAUGUGAACUUCGACGCCCUUCGGAAGAUCGAGACGUUCUUCGUGCAACCGGCAAUGGAGAAGAUCGUGGCGGAACGGAGUAGUUGGCCCGAGAAAACGCAGAACUGGAAGACUGCGUUUCUGUCGUCGGGGUUCUUGCCGGUGACUUUCAGCAACCUGAAUGAAUCUCAAGCAGAGUGCGUGGUAAAGAGAACUCCGGUGAGGGGGUUUUAUGUGGAGAGGAGACAGUCUUCUCUUGUGCUUUUCUGGCAGAGGAAGGAGCUCAUCUCUGUUUCUGCUUGGAGGUGUUAAAUGUUAAUUGUUUUUCUGAUCAUUCUCUGUUUUUUAAGUAUGAGAAAAAGAACAUUUUCAGUUUUUACUUUCUUGCCUAUAGAUUUUUAUUUUCUUAUUGGGGCAGUGCUGUGAUGAUUAUUGGUUAUUAAUUGUGCUGGGAAAUCUGUUGACAGUAAUCAGAAGUUUAAAAAAAUACUUAGGUAACAAUUCUG